UAUGGCUUAUCAUUGUUAAAAUUCUACCGAGCGGACUUUCUGUUAAAAGAUUUCGAAUUUCUUAGGGAUACGAUGAAUUAUUUCGAAAUAAUUUUAUCAUCUUGUUUUUUCGCUGUUAGUAUGCGUACCUGAUACUUAUGAUAUUCCGUGUAGGUGAAGCAGAUGCAAUUAGACAAUCUUUAAAAGAUGUGGGUAAAUCCAUACAUCUUGUAGCCGGCAAGCGGCGAAGAUACUAGACGCAUACUAUAUUCAAUGGAGUGGACUGUAUUCUUGUGAUUUUUCGCUUGAAGUAGAUUUUACCGUAUCUUCGAUUUGCGAGAAAAUUUUUAUUCCGAGUCUAGUUAAGUGUGUAAUCUCUACAGCGUAUAUCAUAUCAUGGCCUCGUCAAAUAGAAGAAUUCAAAUCGGCUCUGCUUGGUUUCAAACAAAGAUUAACCUAAGACCACAGCGUCGAGGUAUCCAUCACGUUACCGAGGAAAUCUUAAGAAGAAUUCCUGAACUCUGCGAAUUUUCAGUCGGACUUUGUCAUAUACAAAUUCUUCACACAUCAGCAAGUUUAGCACUAAAUGAAAAUUGGGAUCCAGAUGUUAGAGAUGAUGUAGAAAUGAUGCUUAAUAAAAUAGUUCCUGAAGGUUUGGCCUAUAGACACAGUUGUGAAGGACCAGAUGAUAUGCCAGCGCAUGUAAAGGCAUGUUUUCUGGGCUCUUCAUUGAGUAUUCCAAUUACUGAUGGCAAAUUGACUUUGGGUACGUGGCAAGGAAUUUGGUUGUGUGAACAUCGUAAUGAUGCUGGAAGUCGCAAAGUAGCUAUUACAUUGACGGGUUGUCUCAGGGAUCCUGCACGUAGUCCUUUGAGCCCUGUUAGUCCUAUUGCUUCUACUAGCAGCUAGGACCACUCACACCCCCAAAGGCGUAGCAAACGUCAGCUGCGCAUAUCUACAUCCAGUGAUUCAAGCUAGCAGCUGCUUAAUCUUAGACAAAUUCUAAGAGUAUAAUUCAGAAAAGAGUGUAUGGAUACUUCAAAAAUAUAUAAAUAUUACAUUUUCUUAUAUCCAUUCAUUAUCACAAAUUUCCAGCAUUUUUUAUAAUGGCAUAACUUGUAAAAUCAUAAAAAUAAUUGACAAUAUUUAUUAAUGUUCUUAUGCUUAUCUCAUAUAUCUUAUAUUUUUUUAUACAUAUAAAUAUAAUAUAUUUAUUACUUAUAUUUCAAUAAAUACAUAAAUAUUUAGUAAAUAUACAUUUUGAUUUUAUUUAGAUUAUAUAGAGACAUUUCUCUUUAAACUGAGUUAACAGUAACUAUCCAAAAAUGUGGUUCAUUGAAUAUAUAAUGUUGUUCAGUACUUAUAAACUGCCAAGGCAAUUGUAUAUUAUAUGCAUUCAGAAAUAAAUAUAAACGAAUUACAAGUAUCCUGCACUCUUCAUCGCUCUUAGAAAAUUAAUGUAAUGCAUUCCGAUAUAAUGCGUCCAAUACUCCGAAUUUAAUUACAUAGCUUUAUUUAAAUAAUUCUUUUGUAAAAAAAAAGAUUAAUAAAGAAAAUGGCAUUAAUAAUUGCUCAGCUGAGACCUUACAUCACUUUUUAUAAUAUGUAAGAAAAUCUCAGCUUGAGUAUGUGCAAUAUGUUAUAACUUUCUAACUCACUGCUUAUCAUAGGGUAGGCAUUUUUAAUGACGUUUCCAAUGCAUUUGGGGGUGUAUAUAGGUUACAAUCAACACUUCUUUGCUGUGCUAAUAUAUUUCUGCUAGAGAUAUCCACAUAAGUUAUAUUAAUAGUAACAACAUGUGGGCAACAAUUCAGUAUGAAAGUAGACAGUUAAGAGAAUCAUCAAACUAUGCAAAUAAUGAUUUAGACUUACUACAUUGUUAGGUAUUUACUGAUAAAAAUAUUCUAGAAACUUAAAUAAUCUAAUUAAAACAUAAAAUGUCAUCUAGAAAUGUAGCACUGCAAAGAGUUGUAAUAAAAAUUACCUACAAUGUUACUAAAAUAACCAAAGCUUAUCAUGGGAGCUUGUUAAUGUAUCUAAUGUACUGUAAAGCAAGCAGUCGAUGUUAGUUGUUAAUCUUUCUCAUAUAUAAUAUAAAUGGUCGUCCAUUAUGAUUAAUGAAUAUGCUUUAAUGUGAAGUAUCCAAUGCAAUUCAUAUAGCUUACAUA